AUGAGCAGUCUGAUGCUGGUAGCUUUGAAGCUGCUGAUCAUCCAGUUGUCAGAUUCUCUGCCAGGACCUGAAACAUGUGGGCUUCUGGGGGAGGAGCUGGAAGAAAAGCAUCGUGAGGCUCAGAUCGCAGCACAACAUCUGGAGUUGCAGCUGAAACAGAAGGAACAAUUCUAUGAGGAAAAACUCAAAGUGUUGGAAAAUCAGAUGAAGAAAGAUCUUGCAGAUAAGGAAGCACUUGAGAAUAUGCUCAGAAGACAUGAAGAAGAAGCACGUGAGAAAUGUAAAGUCCUGGCUGAACAGAAGGCGAUGAUCAAUGCAAUGGAUUCGAAGAUUAGGUCAUUGGAGCAGAGAAUAGUGGAAUUGUCUGAGGCCAAUAAACUGGCAGCAAAUAGCAGCCUUUUUACCCAGAGGAACAUGAAAGCCCAAGAGGAGAUGAUUUCAGAGCUCAGGCAACAGAAGUUCUACUUGGAAACACAAGCUGGAAAGUUAGAGGCCCAGAAUCGAAAAUUAGAAGAACAAUUGGAAAAGAUGAGUCACCAAGAUCACACUGACAAGAACCGUCUGCUGGAGUUAGAGACUAGGCUGCGAGAGGUUAGUCUAGAGCAUGAAGAACAAAAGCUGGAACUCAAAAGGCAGUUGACAGAAUUGCAGCUGACACUCCAGGAGCGGGAAUCUCAAAUUACUGGGCUGCAGGCUGCACGGACAGCCCUGGAGAAUCAGCUCCGCGAAGCCAAAACUGAACUAGAGGAGACUACAGCUGAGGCAGAGGAAGAGAUUCAAGCUCUCACGGCACAUAGAGAUGAAAUCCAGCGUAAAUUUGAAGCCCUUCGUAAUAGCUGCACAGUGAUUACAGAUUUGGAAGAGCAGCUGAACCAGCUCAGUGAAGACAAUGCAGAACUGAACAAUCAGAAUUUCUUCCUGUCCAAACAACUUGAUGAGGCCUCAGGGGCCAAUGAUGAGGUUGUCCAGUUGCGAAGUGAAGUUGACCAUCUCCGUCGAGAGAUCACUGAGAGAGAGAUGCAGCUUACCAGUCAGAAACAAACUAUGGAGGCCUUGAAGACAACAUGUACAAUGCUGGAAGAGCAAGUAAUGGACUUGGAGGCCCUGAAUGAUGAACUCUUGGAGAAAGAGCGUCAGUGGGAAGCAUGGAGAAGUGUUCUAGGGGAUGAGAAGUCCCAGUUUGAAUGUCGAGUUAGAGAGUUGCAGAGGAUGCUGGAUACUGAGAAACAGAGCAGAGUGAGAGCAGAUCAGCGUAUUACUGAAUCUCGCCAGGUGGUAGAACUAGCUGUCAAAGAACACAAGGCAGAGAUUCUAGCCCUCCAGCAAGCACUAAAGGAACAAAAACUCAAAGCUGAGAGCCUUUCUGAUAAGCUCAAUGACCUGGAGAAGAAGCAUGCUAUGUUGGAGAUGAAUGCACGCAGUUUACAACAGAAGCUUGAGACAGAAAGGGAACUCAAGCAGAGACUUCUGGAGGAGCAGGCAAAGCUGCAGCAGCAAAUGGAUCUACAAAAGAAUCACAUCUUCCGCCUAACUCAAGGUCUGCAAGAGGCUCUAGAUCGAGCAGAUCUUCUGAAGACUGAAAGAAGUGACCUGGAAUAUCAGCUGGAAAACAUUCAGGUUCUCUAUUCCCAUGAAAAAGUGAAAAUGGAGGGCACUAUUUCUCAGCAAACCAAACUCAUUGAUUUCCUGCAGGCAAAGAUGGACCAACCAGCGAAAAAGAAAAAGGGCCUGUUUAGUCGGCGGAAAGAGGACCCUUCUUUACCCACACAGGUUCCCCUGCAAUACAAUGAGCUGAAAGUGGCACUGGAGAAGGAGAAGGCUCGUUCUGCUGAGCUGGAGGAGGCUCUACAGAAAACACGCAUUGAACUCAGAUCUGCUCGUGAAGAAGCUGCUCAUCGGAAAAUAUCAGACCACCCUCAUCCAUCUACUCCAGCCACAGCCAGGCAGCAGAUCAUCAUGUCUGCCAUAGUCCGCUCACCAGAGCAUCAGCCUACUCCGAUCAGUUUGCUAGCUCCACCUUCCAGUCGCAGGAAGGAAUCUUCCACACCAGAGGAGUACAGCCGACGCCUGAAAGAGCGAAUGCAUCAUAAUAUCCCACAUCGUUUUAACGUGGGACUAAAUAUGAGAGCAACAAAAUGUGCGGUGUGUCUGGAUACUGUGCACUUUGGACGGCAAGCAUCUAAAUGUCUUGAAUGCCAGGUGAUGUGUCACCCAAAAUGCUCAACUUGCUUGCCAGCUACUUGUGGACUGCCAGCAGAAUAUGCCACGCACUUCUCUGAAGCAUUCUGCCGGGAUAAAAUGAAUUCUCCCGGUCUGCAGCUGAAGGAGCCAAGCAGCAGUCUACGUCUUGAAGGAUGGAUGAAGGUGCCAAGGAAUAAUAAACGUGGGCAACAGGGCUGGGACAGGAAGUAUAUUGUCCUGGAGGGAACGAAAGUGCUCAUUUAUGAUGCAGAAGCAAGAGAAGCUGGACAGAGGCCUCUGGAGGAAUUUGAGCUCUGCCUUCCUGAUGGUGAUGUAACUGUUCACGGAGCUGUAGGAGCUACUGAACUUACCAAUACAGCAAAGACAGAUGUGCCAUAUAUCCUAAAAUUGGAGUCUCAUCCACACACCACUUGCUGGCCUGGUAGAACACUCUACCUGUUAGCACCCAGCUUCCCUGACAAACAGCGCUGGGUCACAGCACUGGAAUCAAUAGUGGCAGGUGGGAGAGUUUCCAGAGAAAAAGCUGAGGCUGAUGCUAAAUUGCUUGGAAACUCCCUGCUGAAGCUAGAGGGUGAAGACCGUUUGGAUAUAAAUUGCACAAUGCCCUUCAGUGACCAGGUAGUACUGGUGGGUGCAGAAGAAGGUCUCUAUGCCCUGAAUGUACUGAAGAAUUCCCUAACGCACAUCCCAGGAAUGGGUGCUGUCUUCCAAAUUCACCUCAUCAAGGAUCUGGAGAAGCUACUCAUGAUAGCAGGAGAAGAAAGGGCUCUGUGUCUUGUUGAUGUAAAGAAAGUGAAGCAAUCUCUAGCCCAGUCUCACCUCCCAGCCCAGCCUGAUAUCUCACCAAACAUCUUUGAGGCUGUCAAAGGAUGUCACCUUUUUGCUGCUGGAAAGGUUGAGAAUGGUCUUUGUAUCUGUGCUGCCAUGCCCAAUAAAGUGGUUGUUCUGCGAUACAAUGAGAGCUUGAGCAAGUUCUGUAUCAGAAAGGAGAUCGAAACCUCUGAGCCUUGCAGCUGCAUCCAUUUGACCACUUACAGCAUCAUCAUUGGAACCAACAAGUUCUAUGAAAUUGAGAUGAAGCAGUAUACACUGGAGGAGUUUCUGGACAAAAACGACCACACUUUGGCCUCUGCUGUGUUUGCUGCUUCCACCAACAGUUUUCCAGUCAGUAUCAUCCAAGUGAACCCAACGGGGCAGAGGGAGGAGUACCUGCUGUGUUUCCACGAGUUCGGUGUCUUUGUGGAUUCCUAUGGAAGACGCAGUAGGACAGAUGACCUGAAAUGGAAUCGCUUGCCCUUAGCUUUUGCCUACAGGGAGCCCUAUCUGUUUGUGACCCACUUCAAUUCCCUUGAGGUGAUCGAGAUUCAGGCACGAGCUUCUCUAGGAACUCCUGCACGAGCCCACUUGGAGAUACCAAAUCCGCGGUAUCUAGGGCCUGCCAUUUCAUCUGGAGCUAUCUACUUGGCUUCCUCCUACCAAGACAAAUUAAGGGUGAUUUGCUGUAAGGGCAAUCUAGUGAAGGAGACCAACAACGAGCAGCACCACAGAGGAUCUUCUGCUACACGCAGUAGCCCUAACAAGAGAGGUCCGCCCACAUACAACGAGCACAUAACCAAGCGGGUAGCAUCAAGCCCAGGACCACCGGAAGGUCCAAGCCACCCUCGAGAACCAAGCACACCACAUCGGUACCGCGAGGGAAGGACAGAGCUGCGGAGGGACAAGUCACCUGGGCGACCACUGGAGCGGGAGAAAUCUCCAGGCCGGCUCCUGAGCACCCGCAGAGAAAGGUCCCCUGGAAGGCUGUUUGAAGAGAGCAGCCGAGGACGAAUGCCUGUGAGCGGUGCCAGAACUCCUCUUGCUCAAGUCAAUAAAGUCUGGGACCAGUCUUCAGUGUAAGUCUCAGCUAGACAAAGUUACUCAUCUUGACCUGCAGG